AAGCGAACCUGAGUUCGUCAACGUUGCCGCUCCUGGAGGACUCGGUGGCGUCCAUCCAGAGAAAAGGAACGGGGGUGGUGGAGCGACCGCUGUGUGACAUCUGGCAGUUGGUCAUCAUUCCCGAGCAGGAGAACAGAAUUUACAUUUUUUGGGAGUUUACCGUGUCGCUGCUCAUCUUGAUCAGUGCAUAUUUCGUGCCCUUCGACGUCUUCAUACUCCAGGAGCCAGAGCCUACCGAGGCAUACUUCAUCAAUCGGGGCUUCGACUGUAUUUUUCUAGCCGACAUGGUCUUGACUUUUUUCACGGCCUACGAGAAG